UCAUCGGACAUCAUGAAAAAAAGGUACGUAUCUUUUUCCGGUUAGCUCAACUCUUGGCAUCUGGAUCCCCCACCUUGCCUGUUGCAGACUAGAGUCCAGUGAGCCCUAACGGGUUGGACGUGCCCGCACGGAAAAUAGUAGCGAAAUUUCAGAAAGCCUCACGACUCUGGUUCCGUCAACCACCACCACAUUACCAUCUCCCCCUAACCAUCAAAGAGAUACCCCUGGCCCUUAAACAACCUGCCUUCAUAAAAUAAGAAGAUAUGGGGGGCAAGAACACCAACAAGAGCGGCUACUUCGACAAGCUCCAGGGCUUGCUCGAGGAGUACAAGUCCGUCUUCAUUGUCGAGAUCGACAAUGUCUCGUCCCAGCAGAUGCACGAGAUUCGCCAUGCUCUCCGCAAGCAGGCUGUCGUCCUGAUGGGCAAGAACACCAUGGUUCGCCGUGCCCUCAAGACCUUCAUCCCCGACCACCCCGAGUACGAGCGCUUCCUGCCCCACGUCAAGGGCAACGUCGGCUUCGUCUUCACCAACGGCGACCUCAAGGAGAUCCGUGACAAGAUCCUCGAGAACCGUGUCGCCGCCCCCGCCCGUGCUGGUGCCCUCGCCCCCGCCGAUGUGUGGAUUCCCGCUGGCAACACCGGCAUGGAGCCCGGAAAGACCUCUUUCUUCCAGGCUCUCGGUGUCCCCACCAAGAUUGCCCGUGGUACCAUUGAGAUUACCACCGAUCUGAAGCUCGUCGAGGCCGGCAGCAAGGUCGGCCCCUCCGAGGCCACCCUGCUCAACAUGCUCAACAUCUCUCCCUUCACCUACGGUCUGGGCAUUGCUCAGGUCUACGACGAGGGUCAGACCUUCCCCGCCUCCGUCCUCGACAUUGGCGAGGAGGAGCUCCUCAAGACCUUCGCCUCGGCCAUCACCACCAUCGCCUCCGUCUCGCUGGCCAUUGGCUUCCCCACCCUGCCUUCGGUCAUGCACUCCGUCGUCAACGGCUACAAGAACAUCCUGGCUGUCGCCAUCGGCACCGAGUUCAGCUGGCCCGAGAUUGAGGAGCUCAAGGACCGCAUCGCCAACCCCGACGCCUACGCCGCUGCCGCCCCCGCUGCCGGUGGUGCUGCCGCUACCACUGAGGCUGCUGGUGAUGCCAAGAAGGAGGAGUCUGAGGCUGAGGACUCUGACGAGUCUGGCUUCGGUGGUCUUUUGUAUGUUCUACCGCGCCCACCCCUCUAUUCUUCCCUACUGACACGUCUCGCAGCGAUUAAACGGAGAGCCACGCGUUUCACAACCACGAUGUGCUGGAUUCGCAGUCAUGACUUCGGAUCACGAGAUAUGAUCUUCAGUCGAGAGCUACAUAGAUCGCCGGUCGGUCGGCUGAACCCAUCGCAACGGGACAAUGAGACACGAUUUCCAAUGAACAAACACGACAUGACAGCGAUGGUGAUGUGUGAUUGCACAAUCUGUGUCGUACUUUGAAAAGG